AAUCAACAAUACUCCAAUCUAUAUUCAAGAUAUUCGCAAACAUUAAAGUGUGAUUGUGCGCAAAUAUCCAUCAGUUACGACAAGUUUCUUCAUAUCGACUACACAUUUCAUCAAAUAUGCAACAGUGUUUACGUUAGUCAAAAUUGGAUUGAUUAUCUUUUCACUAUUAGGCAAUAUGAUCAUUGGUACUCCGAUGAUUUUCGAUGGACAAGCACGUCUACAUUUCAAGCGUUGCGUGCAUUUUGUGAUUUAGUUAAUAAAACAAUCGGUAAUCAUUUGUCAGAAUUCUAUUCAAGUCAAUUUGUUAGCGCAUCUGUUGUUCCUACAGAAACAUUUGAACUUCAAGCUGACUCUUCCAUUACUCAAUUGAUAUCAACAAUGGCAAACGACUUCUUGUUAUCACUUUUAACUAUAAGACAAAUGACUCAAAGUGAUGCUAUAUAUUCUGCACAAGAGACAAACUUUGGCCUUACCCGAUAUUCUGACGGUUCUGCUGAUGGAUAUACAUAUGCAUAUUGGUAUGAUAACGAUAACUGUAGUUGUUCAACUUCAGCGAAGUGUAGUUAUCAAUCUCGAAUGUAUCCUAGUUCUAAAAACGAUGUAACAUUCUACAUACCAGGUAUGCAAAUAGGAUGUUAUAUUGUUGAAGCAUUACUUCAAUCUGAUCUUCGAUGUUUUUAUAAUCAAACAUGUAUAAGUAAAGUUCAAUCAUAUUUUCGAGGAGCUUCACCAAUGAAUGUCACCUCUCUUGACCAAGCCUUAUUAAAGACAUUCUUCAUAAACUCAACAGUCGAAGAUAUUCUUAACAGUUUAAUGGUCGAAAAAUGGAACAGAUCAAUCAUAUAUGAAAAUUAUUAUAAUGAAUGUCGACCAUUACAAUGUGCCUAUACUCAUCAAACAAAGAAUAAUGCCAUUUAUAUAAUUACUACGAUCAUUGGAUUGAUUGGUGGUUUGAUAACAAUGUUAAAAAUAGUUGUACCAUUUUUAGUGCGUUUUAUAAGAAGAAAAAAACAAGUAACAAGUCCAACAGUUGGUAAGAUUUAG